AUGUCUUCGUCUCAUGUUCCCGAGGCUCGGGUUCUGAUAAUCAUGACCGGAGGCACGAUCUCCAUGCAAAGAUCUCCCAAUGGUCUUAUCCCGGCUCGAAAUUUUCUGGAAAGAUGCAUGGCACCCCGACCGGAAUUCAACGACGGAGAGAUCCAUGAACCCAUGACCGUGAGGUUUCACGAUGGACCCGAUGGGCUGGGCGAGUUCCAGAGUCUGCGGACACCAACGAGCGUAUAUGCUGUUCUAGAGUUCGAACCACUUCUCGACUCGUCGUCCAUAGACAGCAAGGGAUGGGCGGAGAUUGCGCAAGCGAUAUAUCGCAACUACAAGUUGUUUGAUGGCUUUGUCGUUCUUCACGGCACAGACAGUCUCGCCUACACCUGUUCAGCUCUCAGUUUCAUGUUGCAGAACUUGGGCAAGCCUGUCAUACUUACGGGAUCCCAGGUGCCCUUCUCGGAGCGCAAAAACGAUGCUCUGGAGAAUCUACUUGAUUCCCUGGAUAUUGCCGGGCACUUCAUGAUCCCCGAGGUGUGUCUUUGCUUCAACUCGACCCUGUUUCGGGGUAAUCGAACUACAAAGGUUUCCGCAAGCGCAUUUGAUGCAUUUGCAUCUCCGAAUUUUCCUCCAUUGGCCAAGAUCACUGCAGUAGGUACUCACGUUGAAUGGAACUCGGUCAAAAGGUCGACUUCCCUUGAAGCCUUCAGCAUUCAAUCAGACCUCGAGAUACACCAUGUGGCCUGUUUGCGCAUUUUCCCUGGCAUCAAACCGAAAAUGGUAGAGGCAGUCCUGCGGACCGAAGGACUUCGUGGUCUUGUGCUGGAGACAUUUGGCGCAGGCAACGCCCCCAGCGGGCACGACAACAAAUUGACCCAGGUCAUCUCUGACGCUGUUCAACGUGGCAUUGUGAUUGUGAACGUCACUCAGUGUCUGACUGGCAGUGUCAACCCGCUCUAUGCACCCGGGAUGGUCCUUGGCCGUGCUGGCGUUGUUGCAGGAGGGGAUAUGACCAGUGAAGCAGCUUUGACCAAGCUGUCUUACCUGCUGGCCCUCCCAGGAGCGUCACCAGAGUCGGUGGCUAAAGAUAUGGCAACAUCAAUUCGUGGUGAACUUUCGGAGCAUGCGGGUACCAUUUUCAAACAUCCGACAGGCGAGUUAUCAUCCCCCGUCGCUCAACUCACAGCUAUUGCCUACGCAAUUGCCAGUGGAGAUAUCGAGAAGGUGAAGGACCUGCUACGAAACGACAAUCAACUGAUCAACCGAGCCGACUACUCCGGAAACACACCCGUCCAUCUUGCGGCGACUGGGCCGAAUAUUGCGAUCCUUCGGCAUCUCCUCUCGCUGGGUGCCUCGGUACACCUACGCAACCACACCGGAUCAGGCAGGACACCUCUCUUCCUGGCCGCCAAUGCUGGGUUGUUGCCGCACGUAAUGCUUUUAAGACAAGCAGGCGGACAUCUCCAUGCCGAAGAAUUGGAGACGGCCAGACUCCACGCGAGCCAAAGACCAGAGGUGUGGAAACAGGCAGGCCUAGAAGUGCCCUAA